CACACAUUAUUAUGCAUUCUAUACCUCCCUACUCUAUAAUUGACCUCCAAAACCCUUACCAUCUUUCUGUAAGCCACAUUAUUGUUUCACCUCACAAUUAAAUCAAUCCACACUCAAUAGCAGCAUUUUUAUCAUUAUUGUUAUCGAUGUAAAAUAAAGUAGGCACGUAUCUCUCAAAAUUUCGCGGGUUUAGGUGAGGGACGGCCGGUGGUCUUUAAGAAUAGGAAUCACUUGCUUGACACAGCUUCCCAGACAUGAGCACUCUUGAUAUGGACCCAUUGAGUUCACCAGGGAAGGACCAGCACCAGGAGUCCCCAGCCAUAGUUCCUCAGAGUGACUCCAGCUCAAGAGGAAUGGUGAUAUCUGGGGACAAGCUAGUGUUCUUCCCACCUCUGUAUGUGCAGCGGUACCAGGCUGUGCAGGAGAUCAUCACUACCAGCAAGAUGCCCGUCACUAAAGUGGUGGACAUUGGAAGUGCAGAGCUGAAAUUCUUCCGCAACUUGCGAUACAUCAAUGGAGUGCAAGAAGUGGUGCUGGUGGAUGUUGACGAGGAAACGCUUCAGAGUAGCAAGCACCGAGUGCAGCCGCUGAUGGCAGACUUCCUGCUGCGGCGACAGGAGCCUCUCAGUGUGAAGGUGGUGUGCGGCGACGCCCGGGUGUACGACCCACUUCUCUCUGGGGCCCAGGUGGUCACCCUCAUUGAAGUCAUUGAGCACAUGAAUGAGUGUGACCUGCCGGCCCUGGUGCAGUGUGUGUUCCAGCAGGUGAGGCCACACCUGGUGGUGGUCACCACCCCUAAUGCUGAUUUCAACAAGUUCUUCCCCAACCACACCCCAGGAAAGUUCCGGCAUUGGGAUCACAAGUUUGAGUGGACGGCACAGGAAUUCCAGCACUGGUGUCUGGGUGUGGUGGAGGAGUACCAGGACUACACAGUGGAGUUUUCUGGCUGCGGUCUAGGGCCGGAUGGCACCUUCUGUACUCAGGUGGCCACUUUUUGCCACCACACACAGUACCAAGAGCAUUCAGAGCCUUUACUCAGAACAACCAUGACCGCUGCCUCCUUUGGGGAGGUGAGAAGCUCGUCACAGACUGCCGGACUGGAGAGUGUGUACAAAAUUGUAGCAGAGUGUGAAUUUCCGGUGGACAAGAGAACCAAGGAGGAAUUUGAGGUGGAUUACGCCAUGAAUCGCUUCAACUCCUUAAGAAAUUUCCUGGUGGCAGGGGAACGCCAGGGCAGUGAGUCCAGCCUUCCUCUGUGGCAGCAGCAGGACAGAGGCCUUGGACUACUCUCUCCUCCUGAUGGCCCCUUGUCCUCAGACUGCAUCCACUAUCUCACACCACACUUUGAUAGCGAAGAGGCCGUGUACAAGGCCGGGGACGUGAAGAAUGAGUACUGCUUCUACAUAAUAGACAACAGAUAUGCUCUCAUCCCUAUAAGGUCCCUCGCUCACUGGGUGAACAGUGGUGCUGACUCUGACCUCACCGAUGAGCUCAUCAGUCGAGCCGUAGCAGACGAGUGCUUCCAGACACAAGGCAGCGGCAGCUCCUGGGUUGGUAAGGUGAUGCUGUACGAAGAGAGAGUUUCUUCUUCCAGGCUGACAGACUCUGACUCUGACCCUAACUCUAAGGACACAAGCUACACCAGCUGGCCCUCCAUGGAAGCUUUGCACCACAAUGCCUCCCAGCAUGCCACCAGUGUGAAGGUCAAGUUGCAAAUUGAUGAUGUUUGUGAAAAUGACAUUGAAAAUUGGGACUGAGUUGAAUGUGAUUAGAAUAGAAAAAAAAAUAAUAAUUGCAAUUCCAUUGAUAAUUUUGACAUUGACUCCAGUAUGAUCAGUAAAUAUAUAUAAAGGAAAAAAACGUGAUCCACUAGUAAUAGCGAGAAUAUUGGGAAUGAGUUCAAUAUAGGAAGUCAAAGGAAAAAGCCAAUAAUUGUUGGACAAAGAGGUGGAGAGGCUUGAGUUUAGGGAGCACAGCAUGUGGUGCAUUUUUUAUUUUUUACACCACAAUAAUUAUUGGCAUAUAAUUAAACAUUUCUAAUUUCAUGAGCCAAAGAUAUGCAAUUAUCUGUCUUCCUGUCAGUUAUUAAGUUUUUAAAUCCAUCAGUUUUUUU